GAUGCCAAGGAAGAAGCCUGUACAGGAAACUCGAAGCACCUGCACCUGCAGACUCAGAAGGUGCAAAAGAAGCCCAGACAUUGGAUGAACCACCAGAAGAAUCCAAAGCCAAAAAAAGGGCCAAAGAAGAAAGCAGCCAAGGCAAAUCCUGCGGCUAAGGAAGCUGCCAAAAAGACAGCGCCGCCCGCAGAUGAAGUUCAGGAUGAAGCUCCGGAGGAUUCAGCGGAGCCUCCAAAGAAGAAGCCAAAAGUUAAGAAGCGUGGAAUCAACCUUCUACCCACGGCAGCCCUCCAGAGCGCAGAGGUGAAGGAAAUUGAUCCCAAGAGUCACUUUCAGCCAAGUACAGAGAGGCUUGAGGGCAAGUACAAACUACUGAAGAGCAAGUGUGCAAAGGUCAAGAUGCACAUUAGUGGCGGGUGUUUGGCCCAUUUCAACAACGUCGGAUUUCCAAGGGCACCAUGCACCACGGCAGCCAUUCUGCUGGGAGAGCAGAAGAAAUCCAUUGUCUAUGCAAGUGGCCUUUGGGUGCCGGCUUGGGAAGACCAAGCCAAUAUGGAAUCAUGGGAGCUUAGCGGUGAAGACUUUCAAGAGUUUUGCACAAAGAAGGAGGUCACGGCAGUGGCAAUGUGCCUCAUUACACCGGAGGAUGACGCGCCUGACCCGUCCAAAUUGAUGGUCUUUGACAAGCUUCGCCAGAAGUGUCCGUCCAUGCUUUUUGCAUUGACUUGCAGCGACAAGAAAUCAACCUUUUAUGAGUACAAAGAAGAAGGUGUCAAUCCGGUGCCCAUCGAG